GCUUACGACUGCGGAGUCAUUAUAUUAGACCCGAAUUGGUUUCUUCAAUGCGUUUACAAACUCUGCUCUUUUGUCAAAGAAGUUCCCGACGACGACAACGCACAGUACGGUCUUCUCAGCGAAAACCUUAUUAACAAGGUUUGGGAGGAAUACACGGAACAAAAGUUUAUUCUUUUGGGAUGUCUUGAAAAAUUGGAUAUUAUUUUUGAGUUGCGGCCAUACAUUCAAAUAGAGGACGCACCCGAUGUGACGGCCAACACAUCUGUGCCCAAAUUGUAUUUCUUUCCGUGGAUUACAAAAGCAGUUCCCGAUACGGAUCCCCCAAAUGCACAAACAAGCGACUCAUUUCAGGACUCGUCCUUUCAAUUAGUUAUUGAUUUUAAUCAUCUGCCAGUUGGCUUAUUUUCACGAUUACUGGUAAGACUUAGUCGUUGGUCAUGGAAUCAGGGAUGGGGUCGAAGACCUGAGAUGUAUAAUUCUGAAGGAAGAAUAGCCGUUGACUUCGAUCACGACAUACUGUUGAAAAUUUGCUUAAAAUAUAACAGAAUUUUUCUAAUGAUUAUCAAAAUAUUCGAUGAGUUACAGACGGAUCAGAUCGAGAACUUCCUCAUCGGUCCGACGGCUAAUGUCUGCGUUAAGACGGAUCAGAUCGAGAACUUCCUCAUCGGUCCGACGGCUAAUGUCUGCGUUAAGGUUCAGCAUUUGAUUGAAACAGAAUUGGAAACUCUUCGCAAUUCAUUCUACCGGCGCCUCAAUUUUAAACUAGUGGUUCCCUGUCCUUGUGAUGUGACGUGUGAACCCCAUAAGAUUGAUGGAUGCAAUGACAUCGAGUGUCUCCACUUUCUGCCACUUAAUGAAUGUCUCACUAAAAAAGUGGUUGAGUGUAAAUACAGUAGACAAGUGAGAACUAUAUUUAUUCAACGCUAUUUCCCACACGUGCCCUUUAAUUCUGGUCCGGAAGAAUCAAACAAUUCUGUGUCUAAUGGGAACCGAGAGAAUGGUUGGGACCAUAUAUUCCAAGUGGAACCGGUUUGGAUGAGAGAAGCCGCCAAACUAUUGGCUCCCAAUCAUCCAAAUAAAGAUUGGAUGGCUUUAGCUAAACGUCUCGGUUAUAGCGAACGAGAUGUCACAAAGUUUGUGGAAGAUAUCGCUCCCUGUUUGGCACUACUCCGGGAUUGGUAUGAAACCAAUGGUCGGACCCGUUAUUGUGUUGAUGUUCUUCUGUCGUGUUUGCGAAUGAUAUCGAGGGAAGACAUCGCAGCUCUUAUUGAGUAUGAUUUAGAGCCAGAAGGGUCUGCACCGCCUGUUUUUAUCAGUUAUCAAAGGGAUUCACAGGACCAGGUCUCAGAAUUGCGUCAAAAGUUGGAGCUAGCUGGAUUCCCAUGUUGGAUGGAUACCAGGUCUAUGGGCGCCGGGGAUUCAUUAUAUGGAAAGAUCUACGAUGGCAUCAGUAGAGCUAAAGUUGUUUUAUGUUGUCUGACUCCACGAUACGCUGCAUCGCCGAUGUGUAGCCGUGAAGUGACUUUAGCUGAUGUUUUACACAAACCUAUUUUGCCCAUUAUUAUUGAGAUGACUCCGUGGCCACCGCCCGGGGCUAUGGCUGUCAUUAUGAGUUCAAUCGUUUACGUCGAUAUGUGCGGAGUGGGAAGUCAUUCAGGAAUCGGUCGAAUUCAGGACUCGGAAUCCCGUUUCCGCGAAAUUCUGGAUCGCGUGUCACGAUAUAUAGCGGGUUAUGUGGACGCGCCUAUAGUGGCGCCCCGUUAUCUACAACUGCCCGAUAUAUUCUCACCCAUUAGAGAGACUCCGCCACAAAUUGAGUCACAAGUGGCCGAAGUCGCUAUCAUUACUCCCUUUGACAACGAAGAACCGCCCGAAACACAGGGAACUACUCCGGUUGAGGCCACAAACGAUGAGUUUCGCGAAGAUUUGUUUUCCGGCGAUAAUAUAUCGGUUCUCUCCAAUACCCGAAGAGGUCAUAAUAGAGUAACCAAUUGUGCCAUUUGUUCAAUACUUUGAUGUGAUCACUCUCUCCC